AUGAAGCUGCUUGGUCCAGUUUCAGGCUCAGAAAGUGGCAACCAGCGUUCAGAGACAUCGUCGACGUGCCGCACCGCAUCCUCGACACUGAGCAGUUUCUAUGCUGCAGUAAAUGCGACUGAAGAUUAUAAAGCAAAAGCUUCGUCGCCGAAGUCAAAGUCGAAGCGCUUGUCAUCUCGAAAGGAGAAGGAAAUUCAAAGUGCGUUUGCAGAUUCGACUUUUUCCAUCUUCAGUCUGGCCGAGUCCGAUCACUCAGACUCAGAAUCUAAGCCAGAGAAGAAUGCAGUGCAGAAAAUCCCAGCGCAUAGGCUGGGAAAGAGUCGAAGCCAUAGUGUGAACCGGGAACCGAUGGAGAAGAAGGAGCAUUUGGAUUUUAGCGCCUCUUCCAGCAGUGUCAAAUACUUUGAGGUGUCGGCAAUCACACAGAAGUAUCUAAACCCAAAGCCGGCAAAAGCAGCGAUGGAGAAGGCAAGUUUAAAGCCGAUGACAGAGGAGGAAAACGAAAGCGACGACUCGAACGCAGAGCCGAGCAGACGUUAUGCAGACAUAAGAGGUCACACAAGCGAGAGAAGACGUAAUGUGAGACCACCAAGUCAGGGCAAGCACCAUCAUCACAAGUCCCGUGGUAAAGAACAAAGCAAAGACCACAUGCUCCCACCGUUUCAACGCGGCAAGCCUGUCGAUGAGAGCUUCCGAGACAGUGGUGAGUUGCUCCAGGAGCAAGAAAAGCUAUCGGAUCAAAAUACAGAUUCCAAGCCAAAGCACAUUUCGGAAGACAAUGGGUUCCAGAUGACGCAAUUAUCUUUGAGCAACGACAAGUGCUAUAGCGAUGACGACGAAAAGGAAGAUGACACGUUUGUGGCAAACCGAGGCAAGCAGGACUUGGCCGCCAAGCUUCGGGCUAAGAAGGCUGCUAUUGCUGGUAUUGACCCUGCCAGUCUCGACGCAAAGGAAAAGGCCCCAACGACUGCUAAUUACAAGCUGAGUAGAAGGGACCAAGAGAUUAUGCAGCAGAUAUCGGAGCUGGAAGCAGUGGUACUUCAGCACAAUAACGAUCUGCUGGACUUGCUGGAUAUGUACAGCGAAGCCACCAAGCGAGCGCAAAAUGCGCAGAAGGGAUUAAAGAAGGCAAAGGUGCGCGUGGCUCGAUACGAAAAAGCACAUGCUGCCGUCUCGCGAGCGAUUCGCUCUGGAAAAUUGUACAUGAAGCAAAAGGAGUAUAUGGCUGCUAUCCUCGAGAUCUCGCGCGCCACUGGCAUUGAGCGCUCGAACGCAACACUGUGGUACAUGCUUGCAGAGUGUCGAUUGAUGGUCAGCCAGCCUGCGGCCGCAGAAGAUGCGUGCAUGACGUGUUUAAAGUUACAUCCUACGGCUGCAGCUGUGGCCUUGCUAGGACGUAUUAUGCACGAACGAGGACGAAAGGACGAGGCGAUUGAGUGUUAUUUAGAGGCUUUGGGACGAAACGAUGACAGCGAGAGCGAAGACGAUAGUGCGUACAUGUAA